CGCUCACAGGCUCUCCCCGCGGGCCGGGCGGGCGGCGGCGCCAUGGGCUGCUGCUUCUCCCGCCGCAGUAAGCCGGCCGAGGGCGACCAGCAGCCCGCGGCGGCGGGGACAGCCGGACAAGAUGCGGCGGCCGGAGGGGAGAAGGUGCCGAAGUAUAGCUGGGACCAGCGAGCCAAGAUUGACCCCAAAGAUUACACUUUCUCCGGACUUAAAGGUGAAGUGGUGGGUCGACUGCCUGGAAAAGUAGCAGGGCAACAAUUCGUCAUUCAGGACUGUGAGAACUGUAGUAUCUACAUUUUUGAUCACUCUGCUACAAUCACUAUUGAUGACUGCGUGAACUGCCAACUCUUUUUAGGACCAAUAAAAGGCAGUGUGUUUUUCCGGGACUGCAAAGACUGUAAAUGCAUAGUGGCCUGCCAACAGUUUCGUACGCGGGACUGCAGGAAGCUGGAGGUAUUCUUGUGCUGUGCCACCCAACCCAUUAUAGAGUCCUCCACAGGUAUGAAAUUUGGAUGUUUCCAGUACUAUUACCCUGAGCUUGCUUUACAGUUCAAAGAUGCUGGACUGAGUAUCUUCAAUAACACAUGGAGCAACAUCCAUGACUUUACUCCUGUGUCAGGAAAUAAUAAUUGGGACCUUUUGCCUGAGAAUGCUGUAGUCCAGGAUUAUGUUCCUCUGCCCAGCUCUGAGGAACUGAAAGGUGUCAGAAUUUCUACAGAUGCUGCAAAGAGCAUAAUACCCAUAACUCGAGGGAGGAGAGAAAAGAACAGCGAUGAAUCAUGUUUGGCCGUGUUCUUUGCUGGGGAUUACACAAUUGCAAACGCCAGGAAGUUAAUUGAUGAGAUGACUAGUAAAGGCUUUCAGCUGGUACAGACUAAAGAAGUCAUAAUGAAGUCAGAGGAUGCUCACAGGGUUUUCAAGCAGUCUGCAUCAGAAUUGAUUCCACUGCUUGAAAAAGGUCCAGUGGUUGCUUUGGAGUUCAAUGGAGAUGGUGCUGUGGAAGGAUGUCGAAGCACCGUAAAUGAUGUUUUUAGUGGAACCAAGGUUUUUGUAUCGGCAAGCAAGGCAUCGGCAUCUCAAGAUGUAGACAAUUUCUACAACUUUGCUGACAUGCAGAUGGGGAUGUGAAGGUCAACAUCAUGUAUUGUCUUGGCACCUGGAUGUCACUUGGCUUGAAUUUGGCAAUAGUAUCCGAGAUAUUUUUUUGUUUUGUAUUUCUUUUAUAUAGCUAUUAAUGGUUUUAAUAUGGUAUUACCUGAACUGGAAUGAGUGGCAUAGCUCCCCAUGUGCAUUGUGUUUGAAACAUAUUUCAAUUCCAGUAAUAAUGGAGGUUUUCUACUAACUUUUUACCAUGAUUUCUAAAUGUCUAUGUCUAUUGACACUUGAAUAUUUCUUGUCAACGUCUAAUGGUAAUCAUAUUUGAGAAGUGCAAUGCUGAUCUAAAUUUGAUGCAAUAGUAAAUGUUCUCUUGAUCUCUGUCAUAUUUAGGAAGUGCAUUUCUGUGAAACUCGGUGUUCAAAACUUUCCCACAUGUACAUUUGUCUUCACUGGGUGGGGGAGGCAGGGAGGAAGCUGUAGUUGUUGACUUUUUAUGAAAGUCUAGCCUGUAAUGAAUUCUUUAGAGUAUGCUUUCAGAAGCACUGUGUGACUUAACAGAUGUACAUCUGGUUUGUUCUGCUUCAGCAACCUUUUUUGAAUAAAAUAGUUUGCAGCAGCAUUUGUACUGAGAUUUUUCAUAACAGCAUUCUGGCAAGUGAGCACUCACCAGGUUCUUCUGGUUUAAGUUGAAUUUUGGUUAUGAGUGCUCUUCUGAAGAUGCUCUAAGGUCCACUCAGGGUCUUUGGUUAUACAGCUGCCUCUGGUAUUCCCAAAUUCUGUAUAGGAUAUACAGGAGGUUCACCUGGACUUGCAUCAAUAAGCUUCUGACACCAUUGUUUCCUAGAAGAGUCAUACAGCAAACAGGAGUCAGAGAAGAACAUUAAAUAAUUUUUUAUUAGACCCUAGAAGAAGACUUUUAGACUCAGUAGCAGCACUGAAAGUUUGGUUGUGAAGUACUACACACUGCUAUAGGGCUAUUUUGGAUUAAAUUUGAAAACAAAAUGAAGAAGUGCUACUAGGAUUUUGGGAAAUUCAUUUGAGUAGUGAUAAACAAGGAUGCUUAUUGCUAUGGAGUACAUAUUGGAAUGCAAAUCUGUAUGGAUAUUAAGUACUUGAUUGACUGUUUUUUUUGUAUCUUGUAUCCUUUUCUGAUUUUUCUACAUAAUCUUAAAGCUCAUGUCCAGGUUACAAGUUCUCUGUAAUGCUCAAACAGAUCAUGCAUGCAGAUGCACAACUCCAAAUUUCUUAAUUAAAAUUGUGGCUUGCUAGUUUAUGUAUCCUUUACAAUCCAUUGGAUGGACUGGGACUGUGUUGAGAUGCUAAAACAAUUUCCUCACUGUGGUGGUUUGUCAGAAGGGAAGCUCUUGUGCAUCUUAACUGAAAAUGAAUCUUGACUCAUCGAUUUCACAGCUCUGGAGCUCCAAAAGUGGUAGCUAAAAACACAUCUCUCAUAUUUUUUAGAAUUAGCACAUGAAAGAAUCUGUUCUCCUUAAAUUCAUAAUUCUGUCAUGUCCAGAAAAUGUUCUGAGCUGUAAUUUUGUUGCUACUAGACAAAUGCUUGACCUUAGUUUAAGCUAUAUAUUGUGAAUAUGUCCUUAGGAAGACUAUCUCCUGAAGUCUCUAAGCCAUUGGUGUACUAAAGGUAAGAAAAAUGUUACUUCCAUAAAAUGUUUUUUUUUUGCCAAUGUGAAAUAAAAUCAAUCUACCACCAGCAUCUGACUGUUAGUGGAAAUUAUCACUUAUUUGCACUUAGGCAGCCAGAAUUUUUUUUCUAGGUGUAAGGAGAGCCUGUGAAAACUGCUAAAAUUCUGAGAUCAGUCUCCAAAGUACAAGUGUAGCUCAGGAACAUUUGCAAGAAUUAUUCUAGACAGUAAAUGUAAAUUUUUGGUACAGGCAGUGCAUUAAAAUUGUGUAAUGUACUUUAGAGCAGCUCUUGUGCAUUUUAAGCAGUGCAUAUAUUGGACCAUCUUGGUCUCUCAGCUUUUAUACGUAUUUCCAAACUUAUAUGUUGACAUGAUUAUAUGUGUGCUUAUAGUUUGUUUCCAGAAUGAGUUGAUGAUACAAAAAAUAAAAUCCUGCUUUUGUAUCUACACUUGCUGCAGAACAGGAUGAUUAAUUAAAAUUUUAUCUAGGCUUGAAACAGUAGGAAAACUUUUCUACAUCCAAGAGAGGAGCAGAGUAUUGUUUUUAUGUAACAUUGACAGCCUGCUUACCAACAUGAAGAGUUUUUAAGUUAAAAAAUCUGAAACAAUGAAGGAGUUUUUCAACCCAAUUAUUUAUCUUUUGACUUAAAUUUCUUGCUAGUAUGUGUUAAGAAUACUUCUAGCCUAAGCAUCAUGUGUUAUACGCAUUACAGAAUGGUACAUGCUUCAUGGAGUCUUUGUAUGUUUAUUGUAUAGCUUUUUAUGUAAUUUGUAUUGCACUGUGAAUGUGAUUCAUAAUAAACACUGUAAAUCUAAA